AUGAUCUUGCUCCACCCACAGAUCUGUCAACACUCCCACGCUGAGAUGCGAGCCUGGGGAGCCGAGGCCAUCACAAGCCUGGUCAAGGCAGCUUUGGCCUACAAAUACGAGGAGCCGCUGUGUGAAAAUCUGAAGCUACAGAGCACGAUUUUGUCCCCGCUCCAAGAGCUGUCCAGCAUCCCGUACAACGACAUCCGGCACCGUCAGCUGGAGAGUGUGGCCCACAUCCUACAGAACACAGGGGCCCAACUGCUGCACGGCUGGUCCACGGUGCUAGGGAUCAUUGGAGCCGUCACCAAGGAGCAUGGAGAGAAGUUGAUCCAACAAGCGUUCCAGUGCCUGCAGCUUGUGGUGACCGACUUCCUGCCAAUCAUCAAACCUGUGUACCUGCAGGUGGUCGUACAGGUGGCCGCCAAGUUUGGACUACAGCAGCAGGAGCUUAACGUCAGUCUCACGGCCAUCGGGCUCUUGUGGAAUAUCUCCGACUUCUUCUUCCAAAACCGCCAAAGAAUCAAACAGGAACUGGACGCUGAGGGCAGCCAGGCAGAUGUCUGCCCCAGCACAGACUCCAUCAAGGCACCACCGCCGUUUGAUGCCCUGUGGAUGUGCCUGUUCUCGCAGCUGGGUCAGCUGUGUGUGGACUCGAGGCCAGCCGUCAGGAAGAGUGCUGGGCAGACGCUGUUCUCUACCAUCUCGGCCCACGGCACCUUGCUGCAGCACCAGACAUGGCACAACGUCCUUUGGCAGGUGUUGUUCCCACUUCUAGAAAACGUCCAGAAGUUCUCCAGCUCUGCCUCCACCAUCCGCGACAAAGAAUCCACCGGCAACAUCCUGAUCCACCACUCCCGCGACACGGCGGAGAAGCAGUGGGCGGAGACCAGAGUUCUCUCGCUUGCCGGGGUCGCCAGGACGUUCAACGCCAAGAGGAAGAUGUUACAGGGGCUGGGGGACUUCCCCAGAGCCUGGUCCCUACUGCUGGAUCACAUCGAGGUGUCCGCCCUCUGCAGGAACGCCGAGGUCUCUCUAGCCGCGCUCAAGAGCUUCCAGGAGAUUCUACAGAUCGGCCGGGCUAGUCGGAGCUUUGAGGACGGGGACAGCACGGUGCAGGGGGCGAUAGAACCCCCCUCAGGGGAAGUCAUCAACAGAACAGGGGAGGCUACCAGCAAAAAACCCGAGCUCUGCUCUAAAGGACCGAUCUCCGAUUCCUCGGACAACGACAUCCCGCUGUGGUCGGCCGCGUGGAGGGUGUGGUUGAACAUCGGGAUGGAGGUGACCAAGCCGCCGGAGCCUUCAGAGAAAGUGGCUGGGCGGGUUUACCUCCCCUCGCAAAACUUUUUGACGGCGUUGAUCCAGACGUUCCCUCCCCUGUUUGAACACAUCAAGUCCAGGUUUGUGGGGGCUGACCUGCACAAGCUGUCCACGGUGCUGAGGGGUACGCUCUGUGUGCCCGUACAGAACGAUUCCUCCCCCUUCAUCAUCCCCUCCUACCCUGAGGUCACCGUGACCCCGCUACAAGAGGCAGCUUUGUCGGCGAUGGAGACUCUCAUCAAGGCCGUCCAGAGUGGCCCAGACAGCAUGCAGGCCACCUACCCCGACAUCUUCCAUCAGCUGCUGACCUUCAUCACGUUUGGUGUCAACGCCCCCAAGUUCGGUGACCUUGAGGCUAAAACCUUCGGCAUCGUACGUGGACCACAGUCGGACUGGGUCAUCAUGAACUUUGUGCCCUUCGCUGAGCGGGCCGUGUCCAUGGCGGUGGACCUGUACCGUAGCACGGCCACUCACCCGGCGGUCAUCAGCUCGCAGAUCUUACAGCACAUUCUCAAGACAUUCCGCCUACCCCUGGGCCUCAAGUAUGACUGUCCAUCUCCAACAACUUGGAUGUUGGUUGCUGAUUCCCUGUUUGUUGUGUUGGCUGUAGGUCUGCCCAUAGCUAGGCAACACCGCAAAGAGUUCCAGUCCAUGUGGGCGGAGCUUGCAGGUUUAUUUGAAGACUUUCUCUUCUCCCCACACUCCUGUCCCCCCACCCUGUCAGUUGAAGACUUUGAGAGAGACGAGUCCUUCGACUGCCGCAUCGUACAACUGAUCCGUGACAACAUCCUUCCCCACGCAUCCAGCCUGUAUCCAGAGUUUAUGGUGAAAAUUAUGGACAUCCUCAAUAGAGGCUCUAUCCACUCCACCACGUCGGAUUGUUUUGUGGCAGACACAGAAUCCAGCCGCAAGUUGAGAGAAGAUCUGGCCAGAACUUGUUUUGAGACGCUGCUGCAGUUCUCAUUUGUCAGUGACACCAUCUCAGAGCAGGGUCAGUUGACACGUCUUGCUGUCAUGUCGUUGCUGCGUAGAUGUCAUGACGUCAUCACUAAAUAUGUUGAGGAUGAGCGACUGAGUGGAAAGUGUCCACUGCCUAGAGCCAGGCUUGUAGAGAUGUCCUCCGUGCUAAAAGCCAUCACAACACUACUGCAGUCACUGAAGAAAGCUCCUAAAGAAAAUGUUGAACACAACGUCUGGAAGCAGGUGAUCAAGUUGUACCCCGCCCUAGUUGAGUGCACCACCUCACCCUCCCCUCAGGUCUCUAAAGCACUGCGAGAUGCCCUCCAUGAGUUCUGCGACCUCCUCGCCCCACCAGGUGCCAUAACCCUGACCAAUGGGAACUAACUGUCGAGUCAAGUCCGUGUCUUGACAGUGU